AUGAGUCAACUGGAGGUACUACUUACCAUUCUAUUGAAAACCUCUUCCAUUUGUGCAAUUCAUGAAUAAUUCCAGAAGUUGUUCAGUGAGAACUCGGUCGAUUCGGAUGUGAUCCUCGAGAAAGUCGUCCAGUUGGGACGGGAUUUCCUGGGCGGAGCAUGGAAGAGUGUGGAGAAAGAGCGAGUGAAUGUGCUGCAGAUCAAGUGAGCCACCAGCACCUUCCAGUCCUCGCAACCGAGUGAAUUUCAGAGGAGGACAGUCGAACCUCAUGUUCCACGUGACUUGCUCCUCGUCCGGAGCCAACGACUUCCUCGUCCGAAUCCAUCGACAGCCGCAGAGUCUCGUGUUCGUCGACACUCUCGUCUUCUCCAUCUUUUCCGGUGAGAAUCGCCCGCGAAACUCGCCACAAAUAGUAGUUUUAGAAAGAGGAGUGGGCCCGAAACUGUACGGAUUCUUCCCGGGCGGUCGACUCGAAGAGUUCCUCCCAAGUAGGACUAUGGACGCGGAUACCAUUCUGGACGCGGAGUCAGUUUCGAACCGCCACUACCCCACGCGAUGAUUUCUUCAGAGUUUCCCGUAAAAUCGGCGCGGUCUUACCACGCUACCACUCGAUCGAAGUGCCAGUUUCCCAAAACAGACGAUGCUUUCAAUUGAUGAGAGAAUGGCUCGAUGAGUACAAGUAAUGGAAGGACGGAAGGAGGAGACGCGAAUUCAACGAACGGCUUUCUGUUUUCAGAAGCUUCGGAGGUGGCGAUUACACGAUCACACCGACGACGAUCACCUACUCGGAUCAUCCGAAAGUACUGACAAUUGAGGACAUCUCACGGGAGAUUGAUGUUUGCGAGAAGUGGGCAGCCGACAUUUACGAGCACACCCUCGUCUACAGUCACAAUGACCUUGCGGUUAGUUCGGAGAUCCUAGGCUUUUUCAAUUUUUCGGAAAGUUUGCUCAAGUUAGCCCGAAGCUUCGGGCUAACUUGAGCGUGCACGGUUUAUCACCAUUUUAGCGCGAAAUUCGAAAUUUAACCCCAUUUUUUUUCAUGUUUUUCGUCAAAAAUUACCCAAAUUUUGUACGAUUUCGGCGAUGUAAUUGCAUAAAUUCGUUAAACAAAUCAUCGCGCACUUUUUGAGCUUAAAACGAGCAGAUUUCAUAGCAGAAAUGAAUCGAUUGAAUCGAUUUUAAGUUUUGUGCUGAAAAUGCGCGAAUUUCAGUCAUUCGCCGAUACUUUUUGCCGUUUGAACGCUUAAAAUACUUGUAUUAACGUGCUUCAUCACUUCCGACACUCACUUCGUCUCAAAACUAUUCAGAUCGGCCUGUAUGAAAAUUCCGAAAUUGCGGCGGCGAUUGGCCGCGGAGAGCGUAUUGCGAAAUAUGCCAAAAACGUCUCAAACGCGGCGUUUUCACGAAAAUUUCGAUGAUUUCUCUCUUUAAUGUCUCUUCUUUCGUCGAUAUCAAACACAAAAAUAUCGGAAAAGUGUGCUGGAAUUGCGGCAAUUUUCAGAAAACGCGUCUCAGAUUAGGCCACGUCCCUUUCUACACUUUUGAUCGCCGUGCGAAGGAACAAUCCCAAACGCGUUUAUCAGAUUUCUCGUUUUCAGUGCGGAAACGUGCUCGAGCUCAACGACACCAAAGAAAUCGUGCUGAUCGAUUGGGAAUUCAGCUCGUACAACAGCCGUGGUUUCGACAUCGCCAUGCAUUUGUCGGAGACCGCUCUCGAUUUCCGUGUUCCGUUCCCGCCGGGCAUCAAAAUCUCCGAAGAGCUCACCGACAAUCCGCCGAACCUUGAGCUCUUCUGCGAAGCGUACAUUGACGCCGACAACAAGGUUCUCAAAGUGUAAUGAACGACGCUCGAAUGGAUUGAAUAAUUGCAGCUCAAAAACCGUUCACCGGACAAUCGUCAGUCCGAAAUUCGGGCUCUGAUCCAAGAGGUCGAGUUCUUCUGGCCCGUAACUCAUUUGUUUUGGGGAAUCAGCUCAAUGCGGUUCGCCAUUAAAAACUACGAUUCUGGCGUGGAUCAGGACGUGCAGGCGAUGGACAGAUGGGCGGUCUACUUCCAUUUGAAGCCGCGAUCGCAGCGCAUCUACGAGGAAUUGAGCAGCAAGAAAUUGGAAAAAGAUGCUCUUAUUAUUACAUAA